GCUGAGUUGAAGCGCACCAGUACGAAGUGCGCAGCAGCGACUGCACCGCUAACACUGGGAUGACAGGGGUUUUUUGGAGCCGUCGAUGAGCGCGUUUGAAGCGGUGCCUUUCUGGUGAAGAUAAGGGGAUCGAGCUCUACCUGUGGUUUCCCCCCUUCCACCAGUCGGAUCAAUAUGAAAGUCCUGAUUUGUGUGAUCGCGUUGACCUUCGCGGCGAAGUCUGCACUCGGAGGUGGCAAGUUUGAUGAGCCAUGUGACGGCUUGGACUGCAGCAGAGGGUGCAAGUGCUUUCCAGAGAAAGGAAGCAGGGGUCGUCCAGGACCUCUCGGUGAAGUUGGACCGUCUGGACAGGAUGGGCCACGUGGGGUCCUUGGGCCUUCUGGGCCAAAAGGAGAGAAGGGCCACCUUGGACUGAAAGGACCGUCGGGCCCAAAGGGAGACAAAGGACCAAUGGGAGUGCCUGGAUUCCAAGGAAGUGAUGGCGUGCCUGGUCACCCUGGUCAGCCGGGCAGCAGAGGACCACCGGGACUGGACGGCUGUAAUGGGACCAGAGGAGAUCCUGGAGAUCCCGGCUUUGGGACUGGAAUCCCUGGCGCCCGUGGAUUUCCUGGGCCGACUGGGCCCAAGGGUCAGAAAGGAGAGCCCGUAUUCGUCUCGGAUAACGAUGGUACACGGGGUCCCCCAGGUCCCCCAGGACCCCCUGGCCCACCUGGUUUACAAGGUCCUUAUGGUCCAGUCGGUUUUCCUGGUCCUGAAGGACCUGAAGGAUACCCAGGCCUACCAGGUCCUCCCGGUCCCCCAGGGCCAAUGGGGAGCCGUAGUGACGGAUAUCAAGGAGAGAAAGGAGACAAGGGCGACAUGGGCUUGCCUGGUGACCCCGGCCAGCCAAUGAUCAAUGGCGUUGUGGAGUUUGUGGGUUUUCCCAAAGGAGACAAAGGAAUGCAGGGUGACCCCGGUCCAAAGGGAAUUAAAGGAUACCCUGGAAUACCUGGCCUACCUGGACCCUUUGGCUAUCCUGGAGAAUAUGGAGAAAAGGGCAUUCCUGGAUACCCCGGGAGCAGAGGCGCUCCAGGGCUUAACGGACCUCCCGGUGUUCCAGGACUGCAGGGACCCAAAGGACGUCCAGGCAUCCCAGGCUCACCGGGAUACCCAGGAUUCAAGGGAGACCAGGGAGACCCCGGACCCCCAGGACCUACGUCUGUUGUUAAUGGGGGUUAUGCUAUUCAAGGACCUCCAGGGGACUCGGGUUUACGUGGCUUUCCAGGACCCCGGGGUGACCAGGGAUUUCCAGGCUUUCAAGGACCUCCCGGCCAACCAGGACCUGAUCGUUUUGGUCCAGGUCUUCAAGGUCCUCCUGGGCCCAAAGGUGUAAAAGGAGAAGUGGGUGACCCCGGCUUACCACCCACUGGUUUUGAAGGUUUCCCAGGACCCCCUGGGCCCCCAGGACCCAGUGGCCUUCCUGGACCUCAAGGCCCUCCAGGGGACUCUGAAGGUCUACCAACUGCUCCCCCUGGAGUCCCCGGGCUGCCUGGUCCCAUGGGAUUGCCAGGAAACAUUGGUGCCAAAGGGUUUAGAGGUGACCCUGGUGACUGCAGAUGUUCUGGAGGAGACUUCUCGGGGUUAGUUGGACCACCUGGACUUCCAGGAACCAAUGGCAAUCCUGGGUUCCCUGGGGUGAAGGGUUUUCUGGGAGACCCCGGUUCACUCGGCUUCAGUGGUCUUCCAGGACCUAGUGGUCCUCCUGGUCAGCGGGGCUUCCCCGGGCGUAAAGGAGAGAAGGGGGCUCCAUAUUACCCCACCCUAAAUCUGGCUCCGAAGGGAGUCAUAGGAGAUCCUGGACCCAGAGGACCUACAGGUGAAACAGGAAAUCCUGGAAGAGAUGGACUGCCUGGCUUCCCUGGAUUUCCCGGACCCCCAGGUGAUGCAGGCAUCGGCUCAAGGGGAGAAAAAGGAUUCCAAGGGUUUCCAGGUUCUAAGGGACGUCCUGGAGGCCCUGGUGAGCCGGGCAUUGGCUUUGAUGGAGCACCCGGCUUGCGUGGAGACCCUGGAGAACCCGGUAUACCUGGUUUGCCAGGGCCACCUGGUUCACCUGGAGUGAAAGGUGAAAGCAUCUGUGAAGGGCUUAAUGACACCGAAGAGGGACAGGGAGAAACUCUGCCUUGCGUAUUUACGGGUGAGGCAGGAGACCCAGGCGAUCCCGGUUUCUCUGGACAACCAGGUCUUAAAGGUAAACCAGGGCUCCAAGGGACCACUGGACGUCCAGGGUUUGAUGGCCCCAAAGGAGAAAGAGGAGACCCCGGCACCGGAGGCGUGCGUGGACCUGAAGGUUUCACUGGACCCAGAGGGGACCCUGGUAUUCCAGGUAUCCCAGGGCAGAGUUUUGACGGGCCCAGGGGUAAGGACGGUCUCCCAGGCCGUCCUGGAGCCAAGGGCCAGCCUGGAGAGGUGCUUGGAGCUACACCUGGAUUUCCUGGACAGAACGGUUUACCAGGAAUUCCUGGAGACAAGGGCCAGCCGGGAACACCUGGAGGACCCGGAAUCCCUGGAUUUGAUGGACGUCCUGGUGCUCUUGGUCGAAAAGGAGAACGCGGAGUUAACGGUAUUCCUGGUAGUCCUGGCCUUCCUGGGCUUCCAGGUGACCCAGUUGGUGGCAUUCCUGGUCCACCUGGCCCUGAAGGUAGCAAGGGUCUGAGAGGACCACCAGGCUGCCCAGGUUUCCCUGGUCGGAAAGGAGAGAGAGGAGACCCAGGUUUCCCAGGGCCUGCUGGGAUGAAAGGAACUCCCGGAAGACCUGGUACUCCUGGGUUACCAGGAACAAGGGGACGCCCCGGUUUACCAGGACCAGGAACUAUAGCUGGAAUUCCAGGAGCACCAGGAAGAAAGGGUGACAGAGGCUUCCAAGGAAUGAUAGGCUUCCCUGGGUUCCCAGGACGUCCUGGCAGCUCAGGAUUUCCCGGAGUGAAAGGACAGCCUGGAGUGCCUGGAGCAAACGGACGCCUUGGGUCGCCUGGAUUCUUUGGAACUAAAGGUGACAGAGGAUUACCUGGUCCACCCGGACUUCCUGGUAGACCUCUUUCAUCUCAGCUUGUAGAGAAAGGAGACAUCGGAGACCCUGGAAGACCCGGAUUUGCUGGCUUUACUGGACCCAGAGGUGACAAGGGUCAGCCAGGUGCACCUGGUCGUCCAGGACGACCUGGAGUUCCUGGUUUCCCUGAUCUGAGUAAAGGGCUGCCAGGAGAACCUGGCUUUUCUGGGGAACCAGGACUUCCAGGCUUCUCUGGACAAAAAGGAGAAUCUGGAAUUAUCGGAUUCCCCGGCACUGUGGGACCAAAAGGCAAUGAUGGCUUUCCAGGUUUACCUGGAAGACCUGGAGAAGUUGGUCGGCCUGGUGCCAAAGGACUACCUGGAGAAACUUUUGGUUAUCCUGGAGCACCAGGACUUAAAGGCCGGCAAGGAGAUUCAGGGAUCCCAGGCGACCAAGGGAAAGUUGGUGAACCUGGCGAUAAUGGGUUUCCAGGAAAUCCAGGUUUCCUCGGACAGAAGGGGAUUCCUGGUGAACAGGGACGUUAUGGAAUAAUGGGCUCUCCUGGUUUCCCUGGACCAAAGGGUCAGCCUGGAUUGCCAGGAAUAGGAAGGGGACUGGAUGGGGUUCCGGGUUUGCCUGGAUUCCCUGGAAAUCGUGGGUUUAAAGGUUUUCCUGGACCUCCUGGUUUGGAUGGACUUAAUGGCUUAGCAGGACCUAAAGGCCUGCCUGGAAACCCAGGUGCAAUUCUGGGAGGUAGCCCUGGCCCUUCUGGUAGUCCAGGGUUGAAGGGAGAAAGAGGUGUUUCCCAACCUGGUGUUCCAGGGUAUCCCGGCCAAAAAGGACAAAGAGGAGAACCAGGUCCUUCUGGAUUAAAAGGGAGCCCUGGUAUUCCUGGACCUCCUGGACCCAUAUCAAUAGAAAACUUUCCUGGACCUACAGGAGAUGCAGGUCUCCCUGGACUGGAUGGACAGUAUGGUUUCCAAGGUCCUCCAGGUCUUCCCGGCCCACCUGGUCCAGGCACAGCUCAGGGAGACAGAGGUGACCCUGGUCUGCCAGGCUUCCCAGGGACCCCUGGUACAAAGGGCGAACCAGGAUUACCUGGAGGCCCUGGAUUCCUUGGCAGACCUGGUUUAAAAGGACAAAAGGGUGAUGGUGGUUUUGCUGGAAUUCCUGGUGUCAAUGGUUUUAGAGGUGACCCUGGUUUUCCUGGAAGCAAAGGAACGGCAGGAAUUAGAGGGUUUCCAGGUCCGAAAGGUUUGCCUGGAAUCAUAUUUCCAGCUUCACUGCCGAAUGGGCCAUAUCCACAAGGUGAUCCGGGUAUACCUGGUGAAAGAGGAAGCCCUGGUAACCCUGGAGAGCCUGGUCAGUCUGGUUUUCCUGGGCGUAAAGGUACUGUGGGUAACCCUGGUCCAUCAGGUAGACUGGGCAGGACUGGAGGUCCUGGUUUGCAAGGACCUCUUGGGGAUCCCGGACCUCCUGGUUUCCCUGGAUCCCCUGGAGCACAAGGGUUACCUGGUACAAUUGGCCCUCCCGGCAUUCCCGGCAGCAUCGGCCGCAGCCACAGCAUCGGCUACACUCUGGUGAAGCACAGCCAGAGCCCCCAGGUUCCCAUGUGUCCUCAAGGCAUGGCCAAACUGUGGGAGGGCUACAGUCUGUUGUAUGUAGAGGGACAGGAGAAAGCACACAACCAAGACCUCGGUCAGCCGGGGUCGUGUCUCCCCAGGUUCAACACGAUCCCCUUCCUCUACUGCUCGCCCAGCGAGAUUUGCUACUACGCUAGCCGCAACGAUAAAUCCUACUGGCUCUCCACAACCGCACCCAUACCCAUGAUGCCCGUGGAAAAGGAGGAGAUAAGACCUUACAUCAGCAGGUGUUCAGUAUGUGAGGCUCCAUCUCAGGCAGUGGCGGUCCACAGUCAGGAUAUGACAAUCCCCAGCUGUCCUCCCGGCUGGAGGAGUCUCUGGAUAGGAUACUCCUUCCUAAUGCACACAGCAGCUGGCGCUGAGGGCGGCGGUCAGUCCUUGGUGUCUCCCGGCUCCUGUCUGGAGGACUUCCGGGCGACUCCGUUCAUCGAGUGCAACGGCGCCAGGGGCACCUGCCACUACUUUGCCAAUAAAUACAGCUUCUGGCUGACAACCGUGGAUCCCAAUAAUGAGUUUACCUUCUCGCCAAACAAGGAGACGCUGAAGGGAGGCCAGGAGCGCUUCAGAGUCAGCCGCUGCCAAGUGUGCAGCAAGAUCUUGUAGUAGGCAAAGGUGAAAGAUGGAGGAGUGAGGCGGGGAAACAUCAGGAGGGGAUUCACUAACAUUUCAAGAAUUUAUGAUGGAGGAUGAGAUGGAUUUAAAAAAGAACACGUGACUGACUGAAUGGACCUUUCUCCUGUGCUGUGAUGGUUUCAGAAUCGAGUCGAGCAACAUCGACCCCAUUUUGAGAGUUUUUUUAAUCCCCUGUAGGAAUGAAUGGCUUAUAAAAUAAAAGAAGAAGAAGCUGGAGAGAGGAGGAGGAAAGAGAAGAGUUCCAGUGUGAGCGAUCUUCUCGAGAUUAUCACUGAUAAUGGUGCUAUUGUUUAUGUAUGUGUUUAUUACGUGUCAGCUUUCUUGUGACAGAUGUCAGCGAGAAUCAUUCUGGGCUACCUCGGAGAGUGCCCCGCCCCCAUUUAGCAAACCAGUGCCCCGCACACACACAUUAAGCACCCAAUUUAAACGUUAUCAGCUCAGGAAGUUGGCCGUUAUUGGUUCUUAUCGCUCCCAUAGAUACUGACAGCAGGCAGGAAGUCUCUUACACCAGCUCUGUUAAUGCUGACUAGUGGAAAGCCAUGGAGACGGGCUGAUUUUCCGUGAACUCAUUAUUGCUGUUCAGUUAGUUUUAAGGCAUAGACAAGCAUAAAGUAUUUGUAAUCUAUGAGAAAGCUCAAUUUUGAGGGCUACCUGAGAUUUUACUACAAUGUUAUUCAUAUCUACAUAAGCUCAAACUGGGUAAAGCCCUUUCUGCACAACUACGGGCUACAGAGACUUCUGACUGUCAUAUCUAUGGGACAGACAAGCCUACAAAUGCUUUUCAGUGGGCUGAUCACGUUUGAAGUGCAGAGCUUGAUGUGAGUUGAGAGUAAAAUUACAGAUUGCUGGUUGAUUUUAAGGUUUUAAAGCGAGUUUGCAUCAUCUUAUUGGGCUGAUCAGAGCAAAGCAGAUGUAAAGCUUCCUUGAAAUCCCAUCUUUGGGAAGAUGACACCUGUUUUCUUCUUGAACUUUUUAUUCUACGGCAGUUUAGCACCACGAAGGUGCCCACUGUAAACACACUGAGGAUUUUUUCAUGUGUUGCAUCAGUACCUGCAGUAUAUUUGAUGUCGGUCACUUCGUUAUUGGUUUGAAAAUCGACUUGCCAAGACAUGUGACUUGCUUGAGGUAAAAAUGGUGUUGAAGCUAUCCUUUGUUUUUAAGUUUUUGUGAUAUUUGGAUUAUUUUUUGGUGCCUUACAAUCGGACGCGUGAAUCAAAGGAGUUUUAGCUUCAUGCAAUGAUUAAAAAAUCUGUGGAAAACUAUAACUCAUUAGCAAAUUAUUUGUUGUAUAAACAAAAAAAGACCAGAAGUAUUUUGUUUAUUGGACUCCAACAGAAACUAUGAUAAACAAGCAAGUUUCAUUUCUUUAAGUGCUGGUUUUCAUCUAGAAGGUGAAAAGCAUCAUCUGUUUGGGGAACAGAAGGAACUUAGAAACAAUCCAAAGUAUUCCUAAACAUGUCAAAGUCCCAGCGUAAGCUUCACGUAAGCCUGUGUACAUUUCACAGUGGGACUCUCAGGUUGCUGCUACGUUACCGUUAGUAUGACUUUAAAGGUCAAGUCAGAUUUUUUUGUGCAACAGCUGAAAUGACAAUAGAGAGCUGUUGUUAUUGCACUGAUGUGGACACAGAUGGUUCAGAACAUCAGAGGGGCAUUUAAAUCUCCACCUCCACUCUCACAGGUUUUCUCUAUGCUGCGACCAAACAAGUAUUUCUUUUGAUUACAUCACACUUUUUAAGGCUGCCAUUCGCUUACAUUUUGCAAAAAGAAACAAAACACACGCUCUCUGAUAGAUGAGUUAUUGCUGUACAUAGUGCUUACUGUAUUUUUCAGCAAAUCAUGUUAGCGCAAAGGUCUAUGAUGUUGUUACUCAGUUAUUUUCUUUUCUUUUGUUUUGUGUCCUCGGACAGGUAAGAAGAUGGCAAAAAUUCUGUGCCUUUAAAUAUAGAUUUUGCAAAAACAAAUACAGAAACACACAAAAAAUGAGAAAAUGUAUCAUGUUUUUGCAUUAAAUUUGGUCUUCCUCUGAGUCAAACAGGUUCAUCUGUGCUUGGACAGUGAAAGCGACAGCAUGACUUGUAACUACGACGACCUCUAGCACGUCUCUCUCUGCUGGUAGCCCUGACUUUAACGCUCUGCCACAUAGUACAUUUUUGUCUGUUUUGCUUGUUUUGUAAUCUAGAUUUGUAAUUACUGAGUCAUGACACUAUCCCCUGGUUUUAUUUACUGAGAUGUGAGGGAAUGGGAAGCUAAUGAUGUGUACAUUAAAUUUUAUGGAAAGGAAAACAUGCCUGUGUUUUUAUAUGGGAGAUAUAUUCACCGCUGAUGAUUUAGGAUGUUAACAGCACAUUUUAUUGCCAGUUUGGACUUCACCGCACGUUCAGAGCCAAAUGGAGAAACACGCUUUAAGAGCCCUGAGUGACAGAAAAGAAAUGCAGUUUUCCUCAAAGAGGAUCCAUAACAAAUCAAAAGUGGCAACGCAACAUGUCUGUUCCUGUAACGUGUGUUUCUGUGCUCACACACUUUGAAAUAAAGUCUCAAAACUACUUAACAAA